CACUCCUCGCCUCGGUAGGACCUUGAGCACGUGGGCGAACAUUCUGAAUACGCGACGCGCAAGCACGAAGUAUCGUGUGGCGUCACAUCGCAGUUCGAGUGAGAGAUACUGUGUCGACUGUGCAGUGAAGUUUUAUUUUUAAGACAUGUGAUUGGUUGAAGUGCUUCAAAGUCCGGCGACAUGUGAACUGACUAAUAAGUACUGACCUUGGAUUACUUUUUUAGCAAGGAUACAUGUUCUCAAUAACGUGUCACUAGCGGCGGCGGAUGGCGGCCGCACUCGCCCUAACGCUUCUCGCCGCGCUUCUCUCGCCCGCUGGUACUGCCGAGCGGGCGCGGCGCUCAGCGGGCGAGGCGGCCGCUGUGGAAAUACAUCAGAAUGUACCAGAUAUCCCACAUACGGAAAUGUCUCAAGCAGAAAUAGACGCAGCGGCUCAGGCUGAAGCCGAAGCAGCAGGAGUACCAGCUUGGCGGGAUCUCUGGUAUUCCUCUUUGGAGGCCCUGAGACGGGAACCAACUAUAAACAAUACUCAAGAAGACAUCCUGGUUCAGCUCGGUGGUGUGGCUUUUCUUCAUUGUCCCGUGCGAAAUCUUGGUGAAAGAGGCGUAUCAUGGGUUCGAAGACGUGAUUGGCAUAUCAUCAGUUCUGGUGUUUUCAUGUACACUAAUGAUGAGAGAUUUCAGGUUCUGCACAGCGAAGGUUCAGACGACUGGAUAUUGCAGAUAAAAUACGUACAGAAACGUGACAAUGGAACUUAUGAGUGUCAGGUUUCAACGGGGUCGGGGACCCUCUCACGCCUCGUGCACCUACACAUAGUUGUGCCCGAGGCGUUUAUACUCGGUGCAGACGAGUACCAUGUCGAUGCAGGUUCCACGAUCAAUCUCGUCUGUAUUAUUGAAAAGAGUCCAGUACCACCACAGUACGUGUUCUGGUACCACAACGCGCGCAUGAUUAACUACGACGCGGCGCGCGGCGUGACGGUCGCGACGGCGCCGGGCGCUCGCACUCAAUCCGCACUCGCGAUUCGUUCCGCCGCGCCUGCGCACUCCGGGAACUACUCCUGUCGCGCCGCCAACACAGAGCCUGCGCACAUUUAUGUAUAUGUCUCAGAAGGCAGUGACAAGAUGGCCGCCACUUUAAGCCGCAACGCCAGUAACACUCUAAAUUACUGGCUGGUGCUGUUGAUCACAUGCUCGUACGCUGUCCUGCGGAGUCACAGCACGCUAUAGUCGCGAUAAAAUUGUCCAUCCGAACGUAUACUAUACAAAAGAUAACAUUCCUUCAGAUUAUAUAAUUAAAAACAACUAGAUUUAAUGAUAUACUUGCAUACUUUGAGUUGAAGAGAUUUUUAUAUAAGAUGAAGAUGUGGAAAUGUUAGUGUAAUUAUAAAAAUCUGGAAAUAAAUUAUAUAUAAGCGUGCAAAUAAUGUUAAAUCAAGACGUUAUGACAAGAUAUAUUUGUUUCCCAAAUCACACACAUAUUCCGACGGUUAUAUUUAAAUUUACGUAUCUAUUUAAACUCUGUAGAAUAUUUGCUUUAUUUUAUCGAAACAACUGUCGAAAUAUGUACGAAAAAAAAUAUUAAAACUUUUUCACUUAUAAACGAUUCGGAUUAUAUAAGGAGUAGUUGUAUACAGUAUUGCAUUUGUAUAUUAUAGAAAUGUUUAAUUUUCCGAUCACAUUACAGUCUUACAAAUAUCAAAAAAGAAAACUAUAUUUACAGUGAGUUCAUGGAAAAUAAAAUUCGUCUCUUGUUACUGGAUUAAUAAUCUCGGUCAGAAAUGUUUUCAAAACUAGUGUAUGUAUACAAAUCUGUUACUUAUGAUAUUAUAUAGAUAUCAUUACGAACAUUACCGGAAUUAUUCGAACUAAAAAACUAAAUUUGCGUUCAAAUAUUUGAA